AUGGAAGAGUUGAACAACUGGUUGUUGCAGAGGCAACAAGAAAGUACAGAAGACAUUGAGAGGAUCCAAGCCACAAAUGCUCAACUUGUUGCAACUUUGGCGGAGUAUGAUUCUUCAGAUCCACCAAGAGGGCGUGGUUCACGACAUGGUCAUGCUCGAAAUGUCGAAAGACAUAAGGAAUCGGGUGGCCAGUGUCUUAUGGAGGAUUACUUCAUCGAAUAUCCAAUUUUCGAGGAAGUUGAAUUUCGGAGGAGGUACAGAAUGCGAAGAUCAGUCUUUAAUCGCAUCAUGGAGAGCCUUUGCAACCACGACCGAUUCUGGCACCAAAAACCCGAUUGCUCUGGCAAAAUGGGACUCCUACCUCAACAGAAAAUGACAGGUGCCUUACGCAGGCUUGCAUAUGGUGCAGCUGCCGAUCAAUGUAUCGAAAUAACCAAGAUGGGCGAAUCCACCACAUUGGAAUGUUUGAAGAAGUUCUGUCAACAAGUCGAAGCUCUUUACUCAGAGUGGUACCUUCGCACUCCAACACCGUGGCGUCCUACGACACAUGGAUAUGGCAUGGCAUUUUUCGGAACUCCAGAAGCUCAAAAUGACAUCAACGUGCUCGGACAGUCUAAAGUGUUCCAACGUGUCAUCUCUGGAAGUGCUCCUUCAGUGACGUUCAAGGCCAACGACAUAACAUUUUCCAAUCCAUACUACCUAGCUGAUGGAAUUUACCCUCGGUGGUCAACGUUCGUCAAAACAAUUCUCAAUCCAAGGGGUUUUGCGGAGAAAUUAUUUGCCAAAAAGCAAGAAGCAUAUCGAAAAGAUGUGGAAAGAUGUUUUGGUAUCCUUCAAGCUCGUUUUGCGAUACUACGUCACGGUGCUCGUUUGUUUAAAUUGUCGACUCUUCGAAGCAUCAUGAUAUCUUGUAUAAUUCUUUACAACAUGAUUGUGGAGGAUGAGUUUGUUGAAGAUGACUUCAUAGAGCCUAACGAAAUUGAUAACAUGAACCCGGAAGGGGCAAACGUCUAUGAUCGUCCCUUGGACCGUGAAGGACGUCCUAUUCCUUUCCAGCCAGUUGAAAGAGACGGACAAAAUCUUCCACAGCUCAUUGACCGUGUGGAGCAACUUCAUUCGGCCUAUCUCCACAAAACUCUUCAAGAUGCUUUAGUUGUGCACAAUUGGAAUUUGGCAGCUGACAAAGAGUGAUUGAAGUGAAUUUUCAGCUUUCUUUGUUUUAAAUAAUUGGCAAUUGUAUUGUCAUUCUUAUUGUGUUUUGUAAUCUUAAUUAAUG